GGAAAGUCUCAAUGGGAAAGUCUUUCCCUUUUGGAUUAGCUGGAGAGGCUAGAGCUAUCUAGUUUCAGUCUCAGGUCCGACUAGAAAACUCACUCGAAUAGGUGACGUUUUCUGCCAAAUGUGAAGAUGUGAUUUCGGUCCAUAUUAAGCUGUUAUGCUGAGAUGUCCGUUUUUGCUUCGUUUGAACUGGACUGAGGCGUAGCUUGCUACAGAUACUAACAGCUGGAUGGUGGUACUUAUGCUAAGCUAGUGACUGUCUAUUGCGGUCUGCCUCGGUGCCUGCCUCGGGAGUUAGCUAAACUAUCGUAGCAUAACAUUUAGCUAUCUCAAUGUUUUUGAGGGAUGCACACCGUCUUAAUCACUAGGGUAUUACGAUGUUAUUCACACCAACCUCAGGUUGUUUCGUCGUCUGGGGUUUGUUAUAAUGCGACGUUUUGGCUUGAACGGGGGAGCAUUUUGGAAUUGGAAUAGCGGUAACUUCGCUGUGGAAUGCUAAUGUUGCCGAAUACGCUUUAAAAUAAGAAUGGAGCGGAGUUUGGGGGCAUCAGCUGUUGGACUUCUGCCCUCCCCCCUAGGAAGCCAUGACGCAGGGGACCAAACUCUGAGGGGUGAUGACAUCAUGGCGGAAUUGGCCAGGGGCCUCCACCCCCGAGAGAGACCUGACUGGGAGGAAACCAUCAGUGCCAUGGCGCGGAGUGCUGAGGUUCCUGAUCUACGCGCUAGCAGCACUACCAGCUCUACCAGCACUACAGCUGGCAUGAAGGUCAAGACCGCCAAGAAGUUAUCCUUCAGUAAGGGACAUUUUCCAAAGCUUGCAGAAUGUGCGCAUUUCCACUAUGAGAAUGUGGAUUUUGGAACCCUACAGCUUUCCCUUGCUGAUGAGCAUAGUGAAGUCACACGGAAUGGCCUGGAGUCCAAGGAGUGUGUGUACCUGGUACAGAUACACUGUCAGGGCCGAAAUUGGAUAGUUCGCCGGAGCUAUGAAGACUUCUGCAUUCUGGAUAAGCAUCUUCAUUUGUGCAUCUAUGACAGAGGCUACUCACAACUAGCAGAGCUGCCCAGUGACCAGCCGGAGGGAGUUUCCCAGAUGCUGAUUGGCUAUCUCACCCGUCUGUCGGCCAUUGCCGACAACAAGAUCAACUGUGGGCCCGCCCUUACCUGGAUGGAAUUGGAUAAUAAGGGUAAUCACCUGCUGGUCCAUGAGGAAUCAUCCAUCAACGUCCCUGCCAUUGCAGCCGCACACGUCAUCAAGCGCUACAACGCUCAGGCACCCGACGAGCUCUCCUUUGAGGUGGGGGAUAUUGUGUCUGUGAUCGAUAUGCCACCAAAGGAGGACACCACCUGGUGGAGAGGAAAGCAUGGAUUCCAGGUGGGCUUCUUUCCCAGUGAGUGUGUCGAGCUCAUCAAUGACAAAAUUCCCCAGUCAGUUACCAACUGUGUUCCGAAGCCAGCAUCCCCUGGUGUUCGGCCGGCUUCCUGGUACCUCUUCCCACCCUAUUUGGAGAUGGAGACAGUCAUACAGCAGGACACAAACAUGAACUCAGUGUCUAAGAAGCACGGGAAGCUGAUCACGUUCCUGCGCACCUUCAUGAAGUCUCGGCCCAGCAAGCAGAAGCUCAAGCAGAGGGGCAUCCUAAAGGAGAGGGUGUUCGCCUGCGACCUCGGGGAGCACCUGCUCAACUCAGGACAGGAUGUUCCUCAGGUGCUUCGAAGUUGUGCGGAGUUCAUCGAGAAACAUGGCAUUGUGGAUGGGAUCUACAGGCUAUCUGGAAUUGCAUCAAAUAUCCAGAAGUUACGGCAUGAGUUUGACUCCGAGCUGAUCCCAGACCUGACUAAAGAGAUUUACAUCCAGGACAUCCACUGUGUGGGGUCCCUCUGUAAGCUCUACUUCAGAGAACUGCCCAAUCCACUGCUCACGUACCAGCUCUACGACAAGUUCUCCGAGGCUGUUUCCGCAGCAACAGAUGAUGAACGUCUCAUCAAAAUUCAUGAUGUCAUUCAACAGUUACCACCCCCACACUAUAGGACGUUGGAGUUCUUGAUGAAGCAUCUGUCCAGGUUAGCCACCUUCAGCUCCAUCACCAACAUGCACGCCAAGAACUUGGCCAUCGUCUGGGCUCCCAACCUGCUCAGGUCUCGCCAGAUUGAGUCGGCAUGUUUCGGGGGUCCUGCUGCCUUCAUGGAGGUGAGGAUCCAGUCUGUGGUGGUGGAGUUCAUCCUCAGCCACGUGGACAUGCUCUUCGGACCCAAACUCACAGGCCAAAGUGGGGCGUCGCGGCCCAAGUCGGUGCUGGGUGGGGGCUGGUGUGCGUCGGCGCGGCUGCUGUCCCUGGAGGAGGCCCAGGCACGGACACAGGCCCAGAUCUGCAGCCCCAUCACCCCCCACAGCCGCUACAUCGAGGUGGGAGAGGGGCCCGCUGCGCUGCUCGGCAAGUUCCACACCGUCAUCGACUUCCCCACCGACAGGAAGCGGCAGCCCAUCAAGUCCAGGAAGUCUCCAGUGGGUAGCUGGCGCUCCUUCUUUAGCCUGGGGAAGUCCUCUUCGUCCUCAUCCUCCUCUUCAUCAGCCACAAUCAACAAGAGGAAGCUGAGACGCAACCCCAGCGAGCCUACGGAACUCAAGUCUAUGGCUCUCACAGGAGGCCGAGGGGAGACUGGGACUCUGCGCUCAGCCAAAAGUGAAGAGUCUCUCACGUCUCUGCACAACGUAGAAGGUGAGAGUAAGAUGUACCGGCCUCGACGCCCACGCUCCAGCAGCGAUGCCCUGUCCUCGUCCUUUGGCGCCGACCUGUUGGCCGGUCAGCAGCACUGCGCCUCCUAUGACAACCUGUGCAACGCCGCUCAGCCCGGCCACCACCACCACGAGCACGACGACAGUGACCAGGACGACCGGCCCAUCUUCUGCGUGCCCGCCCUCAUCUCCUCGCCCCCCAUCGCCAUGGAGACAGACCUGGAGCUGAUGCCGCCAGAGGUUGGCAUGGCGACGCUGGACUUUGACCCCAUGUCCUUUGGACUGGGCUCCCCGUUGAUGAGUGACCGGGAGACGGCGCUCCUCUCCUCGGCAACGGAGGACAGGAUGGAGGAUGGGCAGUUCAGUGCUGCCCAGCAGACUCCAGAUAGGAGCUACAGCGCAGCUGAGAGCACCUUUGUCACCGCGCCGUCCCCCUCUGUGGACACCCCACCCCUGUCCCCCCCUCCACGCGUCCGAUCAGCGGAGUCGGUCCGAAACGAGCCGGUCAACACUGAUCUGGGGUCGGUCCGAAACGAGCCAGUCAGCGCCAAGGUGGAGUCGGUCCAAAACGAGCCAGUCAGCGCCAAGGUGGAGUCGGUCCGAAACGAGGCCCUACUACUGGACCUGAUGGGCUCACCGCUGCACACUGUCACCAUGGAGACCCAUUUCAUUCAACACCCAGCAGACCUCGACUUUACCAGAGAACUACAGCUCCAGAGCCCUGUAGUUCUCUCCUCUGCUCUGAGCUGCGCCCCUGCGGCCCGUAAGCUGGCGUUUGCGCUGGAGGAGCUGGAGAGCCCCCUGGUGGCGGCCGAGACGUCCCGCAGCUGUGACACCCCCUCCCCCCUGUCCCCGCUCCGCGCCGACGACCUGCUCAGCUCGCUGGACUGGCCCGUGCCCCCCUCCCUGGCUUCGGAGACCAGCAUCACCACGGCAACCCCCACCCCUGCUCCGACCUCUCUGCAGAGGACUCCCAGCUCCACCUCCCCUGAAAGGCCUGCCCCCCCUGAGCAGAUCGACUCUCAGACUGACCCCCCCGACGACUCAAGGGACGAUUGGUACGCCCUGCCGGACCAGCCUGCCUUGCCUCCGCAAAGCGCCACCGCAGCCACUGACAUCACUACUUCCGCUCAAGCCACACCUGUCCACCAUCAGACCACUCUGCCUGCUGUCACUCAAGUACCGUCUGCUUUCAAUGAAGCACCGCCCACUCUCAAUCAAACCACUCAUGUCAUGACCACACUCACUGAGACCACUCCCACACAAUUCACACCCACUCAUGUGAAGGCCACACCCACUUCAUCAGUUCCCGCCUCUCCUCUGUCCAGCCCAGAGCACCAAUCAGCAGCAGUGGGCCCUGCCCAAAUCUCUACUGUCCCCGCCCCCGUCUUGGAAGACCACACCCCGCUCCCCUCCGCCUCAGCUGGCCCUUCCUCCUCUGAUGUUGCCCCCACCCAGGGCAUAACUGCCGCACCAUGCUCUGCUGUUGCCACAGGCGUAUCUGCCCCAUCCACCUCUGCUGUUGCCCAGGGCGUAACUGCCUCAUCUGCCUCUGCCUUUGCCCAGGGCAUAAUUGCCCCACCCACCUUUGCUGUUGCCCAGGGUGUAAUUUGCCCACCCACCUCCGCUGUUGCCCAGGGUGUAAUUUGCCCACCCACCUCCGCUGUUGCCCAGGGUGUAAUUGCCCCACCCGCCUCUGCUGUUGCCCAGGGUGUAAUUGCCCCACACACCUUUGCUGUUGCCCGGGGCGUACCUGCCUCAGCUGUCUUCGCUGCCCCCAGCUCUAGCAGUAGAGAGCGGAGCUGUGUAUCUCCUCCAGGCCCUGAGCCUCAGGUGGCCGUGGCUGUGCCGUCUCUACCUCACGCGCCCCCCUGGGCGUCGGAGCACCCGGUCGCCGUGCUGCAGCCGCAACCGCAGACCCCCCAACCGCAGCCCCGAGCCCCUCUGGGCCCCUCGCUGGACAAGCCCUGGGAGGCCAUCAAGCCUGUGCAGCCGUGGCUCGAGAGCGCCCCCUACCACCACCACCACCACCAGCAGCAGCAGCAGCAGCAGCAGCAGCCCUCUCCGGCCGGUCCGGCGCCCCCGCCGCCCGUGCGCUCCAUCGAGAGCAAGCUGGCCACGGCCACGCUGGGUCGCGACGGCUCCGCCUACCACGCCUUCCUGGAGGACGAGGGCUCGGCGAUGACGAUGACUAUGAGCCACACGCUGCCCCGUAAGUCGGCCUACGUGUACCACGCGCAGGGUCCCGUCGCGCCCCCCGCCGACGCCUACUACCCGCCCGCGCGCGCGCUCCCCGUGGCCUACGCCUACCGCGCCGAGCCGCUGCCCAUGAGCUACGCCGCAGACGUGUCGCGCUACGCCACCAUCGGCCCGCGCUCCUACCACCACUCCCUCAAAACCCACCGGCCAACCAGAGCCGAGUACCUGCCCUCCCCCGGCCCCACCCCCUCCCCCGGGCCUGCUCACCACCACCACCACCACCACCACCACCCCCGUAGUCACGGUUACAGCCACGUAGGCGCCACCUACCCCAGCAUCCGUCGCGUGCACUCGCUGCACGCCCCCUCGCUGCACAGCCCCUCCCCCUCCUCCACCGCCGCCGCGGUCCGAGGCCCGCCCGUCUCCAGAACUGAGGUUCCGCCGCCACAGGCGUCGUCGGACGAGGAGAUGUUCUACUACCAGCGCUCGGCGCACCGCUGCCGCGGCUACGCGCCACCAGCGGCGGAACCGCCGGACUACCACGUCACCCGGCUGCAGCCCUUCUUCGAGAACGGCCGGGUCCAGUACCGCUACAGCCCGCACUCGGAGCAGCUGGCGCCGGACGCGCCCUCCUACUACGAGCUGGACCCGUACGCCACGCUGCGCCUGCGCCACUUCCACUCGUUCGGGGGCCGGGACCGCGAGGCGAAGUCGGGGGCGUACCACUACCUGCUGCACCAGCGCCACUCACCGCAGCCUCCGCACCACGCUGCCGGCGUGCGGGAGCACGGCUUCGUGAGCCGCGACAUGCCCCCCGCGCACCUGCACGCGCCCCAGGGACCGGGCGGGGCCUGCCUGCCGUCGUGGGAGGCCCAGGAGGAGGCGGAGCGCCUGCGCGGCCACUCCCUCCGCCGAGAGAGCCGCGCGCGCCAGCGCCUCAAGGGCCCCGUGCUCUCCCAGUACGACAACCUGGGCCCCUACAUGCCCCCUGACGCCCCCGCCGGACCCCCGCACACGCCCGCCACAGAGUCGCUGCAGCACCUGCGCAGCAAGUCGGACCCGGGCAAGGAGGCGCGCUACAACGUCACGCCGGAGGCGGCCGUCCCGCGCUCACUCACCGCUGACCCCGACGCCUUCCUCUACAUGGAGACGGAGAAGCACGCGCACGCGGGGCCCCGCCCGGCCGGACCGCGCUCCCACACGCCCUCCUCCCAGCCGCACGGCCUGCAGCACGUUCCGGAAGCCUCGCGGCUCAGCGACGCGGACCGCGCUGCCCACCGAGGAGGCCGGAGCCCCGAGGGCGAGUCGCUCCAGAGGGUGACCGCCACCGUGACGCCCAAACCCGAGCGGAGCCACAGCCGAGGGCCCUGGGGCCCGGAGCCGGACCCUCACCCACGGCCCCCGCAACGCCACACCCCCUCCGGCGUCCCGUCCCACUACGACAACCUGGAGGAGUAUCGGCCCCCGGCAACGACCCAGACCCAGACCCGGCCCGCACCCAAGGACCCGCUGGCCAGCCGGGGGGGCGCGGCACUGUUCCCUGGACAGGCCUUCGGGCACGGGCACGGGGGCAGAGCCUACUCCACCGCGUUGGGCCAGGGGGCCUUCAUUCAGACCGAUGCCCCCCUGCACAGGCCCGAGGCCGAGGUCAAGGCAGAGUGACGCCAGCGCUAGCACUGCCGACCGCUAGCACCAGCUGACUGCUAGCUCUGCCUGUAUUAACAUGAAGCUUAGGCUCGGUGUUAACACACACGCACACACACACACACCCCUAUACAUACGUAUACACACAUACACCUAUACAUACACAGAUACACAACUCUCUCUCCCAGCAGUUUAUGUUACUACAUUCGCUACAUCAGCACUAUAUCUGAAUGUAGUCACAAUAAAUCAAUAUACAGUAUAUAUAUAUAUAUAUAUAUAUAUAUAUAUAUAUAUAUAUAUAUAUAUAUAUAUAUAUAUAUAUAUAUAUAUUUAUAUAUAUAUAUAUCAGUGGAACUUUUCAGAGAUCCAGAUGACCCACACAGGGAACUCCUGUGUGCUACUGGAAACCUGACUUAUCACCCACCGUCAGUUCCAGAUGACCUGUGCUACUGGAAACCUGACUUAUCACCGUCAGGUUCCAGAUGACCUGUAGAACUGGAAACCUGUGGUACUGUUAAGUUAUCAAUGGUCAAGUGGGUUGGACAAGGGACUUUUCUGGUCCGAGAACAGCCAUGUUUGUCUUAAGAGUUUGAAUGGUUUGCUUUGAACAAACAAAUCUGUGAAAGGGCAAAGGUGAAAGGUCACACAGCCCCUGCCGGACAGUGGACUGUCUUCUCCUGAGGGUUUUUGAUAGGAGUUUUCUAUCCAGUUGUACACAUAUGAACCCUUAAUGAACUUUCUACCAAACUGAAUGUACCAUAGCAUACAUUACCCAGCUAACCACACCCGCCAUGCACCAGUGGCGUCAGCAGGUGGCGCCGAAUGGGACCUGCAGUGUGUGGUAUGCCAGCUGCGGACUCCAGAACGAACUCUGACACGGUACGGCAGGAAGAGGCAUCGAGCAGCUCUCUGCGUAGGAAUCCGGAGUCCAAUCUACUGUUGAGAGUUUUCUUCUUUGUUUUGUUUUGUUUAGUUUUAAAACAUAGUGUUAGGUGGGGCAUUGAAAUGGUGAUUGAUCAGUUUACAUUUCAGAAAUGCAUGCUCUCUUGUUUACAGAACCUCUGUGUGUAUGUGUGUGUGUGUUGGCCUGCUCUUUGUGUUUGUACUGGACGUUACAGUGCACACUGUGCAGAAGGGAGAAGCUCUGCCCCCCGGUGAAGAUUGGGGAGGGGGGGGCACACACACCUCAAACACUGGACACUGGGACUAAGGGUUGGGGGGGGGGAUUUCUUCAUUUUCUCAAUGGUCAUUUUUUAGUGUUUAUUGGAUUUCUUUCAAAGAGCCUCUCAAUCCGCAGAUGUGCCUCAGUGUGUGUUUGGGGGUGUUGGAGCUCUCUGUGAAGAAGGACCAAACGUUCUGGUUUGAAUGCAGGGGCGUGCUGGUUUGAAUGCAGUCUAAUGCUUGGGUUAGGGGUCCCCUGGACAUGUCGCUGGGUGCAGUCUAAUGCUUGGGUUAGGGGUCCCCUGGACAUGUCGCUGGGUGCAGUCUAAUGCUUGGGUUAGGGGUCCCCUGGACAUGUCGCUGGAGCGCAGCAGGACAGGCUGACAGAAGUAUGCAAAAGGGUUCCACUCCACACCAGCCUGACUGCAUCUGCGUCUGCUCCCCCCAAUUACACGCAGUCAGGGUUCCACGCCGCACCACCACAGCUGUGUCUGCGUCUGCACCCCCAGUUACACGCAGUCAGGGUUGGAAAAGGCUCAGACAGCUUGUUACCACAACACAAAUUUGCACAGAGAAGGGAUAGGUCCUGAACUUUCAGAAGAUAUAGUGGAAAUUAUUAUUCUUCAUUAAUUGCAACACAUAUUUUUGUUGUGUGUAAAAUGUUUGCACCCUGAAAGAUCCGUGUUAAAGUAGUACAUGACCUCAACCUCAUUUUGGGUACUAGCCAGCAAGACUUCUUUUCAAAAAUAUCCAUAUUUGUGUUGAUUUUCUUUUUACUUUCCUGAGAAUGUAAGACGUGUUCUAAAUCCCCUGUGUGUCGCCUGGAGGAACAGGGGACACAGUAAUAAUAUCAAGGGAACCUAUACCUAAACAAUAACCACUCAAAAUUAAAACUAUUUUAACUCUGUGGUAGAUUUAAAAAUGCAAAUGCCAAUCUUGUUUUUUUUUUUUUAGUAGAUAAUGUUAAUUCAAGCUUAUUUAUGUUGAAAUGUGUUGUAAAAAUCAAAUUUGCCAAAUAGAAUAAGAGACACGAAACAAGCUACUCUUGAAACACGCAACUAAAUGUAGGUCAAGACUUGACGGCUUAAACAAGUAGGAAGGGUCAUUGUUUUUAAACAGUGUUGCCCAGGGCAACCGCCAUCCAGACUUAUCCAGACUAUAAUUUGCCAUUAAGUUGCAAUAUCAGUAUUCCACACAUAAUCACAGCCAAGAUACCUGUGGACACCUGCAUUGUCAUAGCAACACAGGUGAAGAUAGGUGUAGCAGCUCCACCCCGCCCCAUCUUAGACGGCACCAGCUGGGUCGCCAGGUAAGGAGGACACCUGGUGCGCUGGGUUGCCAGGUUGGAUGGCCACCUAGUGUGCUUUCAUGGGGACGGGCUCAGCGAGCGUGUCGUCUAGGGUCGGGGCUCUGAAUGUUGCUGGAUAUUAUUAUCACUAAAAGAUAACAGAAAAUAUAUAUACUGAAUGGAAGUGUUCAACCUUUACCAUGAACUGAAAGAUAUUUAUGCUCUAAAGUGUUCAUGUUUUCAGUAGUGCUACAUUCUCUCUAUGGUCAAUAAACGCAAAUCUACUCAGAA